AUGGUGAAAUACGCCAAACAUAAGUGCAAAAUACUUGGAUGCAAAUCGGAAGGUUCACUUUUUUGCUUUUGCAGUGAACUCGAGUAUUUGGAAGAAGAUUCAUUAUUUUUUGAAAAUCAAAAGGAAGCAUCCAGUUCGAUCUCAUACGCCGCAGUUCCAUCUGUUCAAUGGUUGCAGUCCGACUUAGAUCAAAUUAUUGAGUACGAUGCCGAAUGCAUAGCAAGCGAAUCUGACCAGAAUGCAAAAGACAUUUGCACGAAAUGUAUGCAGCUUGACAUGGAGCUUCAAAAAUUAAGAGGUCUUGUUUCAAAGUUGCAAAAACGAUGCGUCGACAAAUCGUCCGAAAAACGUGCAAAGAUGGCCAAAAAAUCAUUAGAAGAAAUACUUAAGGAAAUUAAAGAGAAAAAAUGGGUAUCCGAGGAAGGCCAAGCGGUGCUAAACAGUUUCGAUCAAGACAUUUUAAAUUGUUUAGAAUCUGGAAGGCCGCAAAAGAAGUAUAGUGCAAGAAUUCGAACAUUUGCACUCACUUUACAUUUUUAUAGUCCAAGGGGCUAUCGAUACGUGCGCUCCGUUUUCAAUAAUAAUUUACCAUCUAUAUCUACAAUACGCAAGUGGUAUAGCACGAUAGACGGUAAGCCCGGAUUUAGUAGCGAAGCCUUUACAGCAUUGAAAUGUAAGGCUCUUGAAGCAAAUCAAAAUGUUGAAGAAAUUUUGGCAUAUCUCAUUUUCGAUGAAGUUGCAAUACGACAGCAAAUGGAUUAUGAUCAACACUCAGAUAGAAAAGUAGGAAUGGUUAACUAUGGAACUGAAGAUGAUGAAAAAAAUUUUGCAAAAGAAGAACUCGUUUUCAUGGUUCCAGGAAUCAAGGAAGCAUUUAAAACGCCUGUUGCGUAUUUUUUAAUUGCGGGCUUGAAUGCUAGUGAAAAGGCCGCGCUAUUGGCACACAUAUUAUUGAUGAUUGAUAAAACUGGUGUAAAAAUUGUUGGUUUAACCUAUGAUGGGUUGUCCACAAAUAGAUCAAUGGCAAAAGAGCUUGGUGCAGAUUUCCUUAAUAACAAACCGUACAUUUUGAAUCCACACAGCAAUGAUAAAAUUUUUCUCUUCCCUGACGCAUGUCAUUUCUUAAAAACUGUACGCAAUCGGCUGGCAUUUAAAGCCAUACUGUAUGAUAAAGACAAUCGCAAAAUUGAAUGGCGUUUUAUCGAAGAGCUCGAAAUUUUUCAACGUGAAAAUAAUGUAAAUCUUGGUAAUAAGAUUACUAAGGUACACAUUCAAUGGAGCAAAGUAAAAAUGAAUGUAUGUGUAGCUGCUCAGACACUCAGUAAUAGCGUCGCUGAUGCCAUUGAAUUCUUACGGAUAAAAGGAUUUGAAAAAUUCCAAGAAAGUGAAGCCACAGUAGAGUUCAUUCGACGUUUCAAUAAUAUUUUUGAUAUUCUUAAUUCAAAAAGAGACAAGGAUGCCAUUGGUUUUAAACGGGUCAUUUCUGAGGAGACAAAGUUGAAGUUAUCGCCUCAAGGAAAAAGUAUCAUCAAAACCAAAUCAAAAACUGCGUUUCUUAAUUUUAUCACCACCAUGAUCAAUUUUCGUUCAUUUUAUGAGACAAAUGUUCAGGAUGGCGUUCGUCAAAUGUUUGGUUGUAACGACAAUCCCUCAGCUCGGCAACUGGAAUCUGCUUGGAGAAAAUUAUUGGGUCAUAACCAUGUAAGAGCAUCAGACGCUGCAAAUUGUCAGAAUAAUAAUUUUCAGUAUUUAACGGUGCUCAAUGCUUCUUCGCGAAAACAAAAAAAUAUUCGAGAUUCAAAUGAGGAAAGCAGUGAAAUAGAAGAGGAAAGUGAACAAACAGUCAACCACAUUGAUGAAUGGGAAAUUAAUGAAGGCCUGUUAAUGGACAACAACAAUGAGUUUUUGAGCGAAAUUAAACAACACGUCGUAUGCUACGUUGCUUCUAUCAUAGAAAAGUGCAUUGUUGAAGGUCGAUGGUAUGCACCCAUUAAGUUCGUCUAA